AAUAGGUUUGAUGGAAGAUAAACACAAAAAAGCCACUGUAGAGGUAGAUGUCUUAAAGGAUCACCUUGCUUUGCAAAGGCAAGUGACGCGCCAGGCACAAUACCACAAGCAGGAAAUGCGGGGAAAACUACAUGAGCUAUUAGAAGAUCUACAGGAGGAAAGAGAUACAAAACAAGCAAUUUAUAGUGAAAUGACUCGUCAGCAUCAAGAUUUGGAACAGCAGAGCUCAUCACGUAUACAGGUCCUGGAGGAAGAGGUGGCCAAAUUAAAAACUACAACUGUCAAUAACCCAAGAAGCUCUGCAAACCCUUGAGGAGGAAUCGGAGAACAUGGCACAAGAAAAAGAAGCUGAAAUCACAAAAUUGAGGCAAGACAUAGAAAAC